ACCCAAAAUGAGGGAAUCCGUUCUCCUGCUCACAUCAUGUGUAGUAGUUUGUCUCCUCCUGAGCUUCAGCCAGGCUGCCAGACAAGGACAGGACAUCAGAUGUGGAGCCUGCAGGGCUCUGGUGGAUGAGAUGGAGUGGGCCAUCUCCCAGAUAGAUCCCAAGAAAAUGAUCCAGAUGGGAUCCUUCAGGAUUAAUCCGGACGGGAGUCAGUCCAUCAGAGAGGUUCCUCUGGCUCGCUCUGAAGGGAACCUCCUGGAGCUGAUGGAGAGUGUGUGUGAGAGGAUGCAGGACUACGGGGAGCGCACCGACCCUUCCACAGACAGGAAGUCUUACAUCAGGGUCAAAUCUCGGAGCGGCGAGUCCAUGGACCUGUCCGAGGCCACGCUGGAUUCCAGAGUUACAUCCAGUUUAAAAUUUGCAUGUGAAACAAUCGUUGAACAUCAUGAAGAUGAAAUAAUUGAAUUCUUUGCUCACAAAAGAGAAAAUAUCAAAGACCAACUCUGCAGCAAGAGAACCGAUCUCUGUGACCACGCUCUAACGAUGCCCCACGACGAACUUUGAUGUUCAGCUCAACUGCCGUCUCUCCUCAGCAGGAAUUUGGUGCUGUAACCUUUUCUGUUUUCACUUAUAAACAUUUUUAUGGUGCAGAUAAAUACUACUGUAAUAUUACAGAUUAUUUAGGAUCACUUGGAGCCUCCUUAUACUGUAACUUUAUUUGGUCUGUGCUGCCUCGUGUGAGGACUGUUCUGUUUUUUAAGGAUUUUCAUGAAUUCAAACUGUGAAUCUGCAAAUAUAAGUUGGACUUUCCUGUAGAUUCAGCUUUUCUGACCUGCUUUUGGGUCUAAUUCUGUUUUCAUUAAUGUCUUCAUUCAUCCUCAGUGCCAGAUACUUCCUCCCAAAGCCAAGAACAUACAUGUUCAGACUCAAAGCAGCUAUUAGAAAUUAUUUCCAGUGGAUCUACAUUCCUUCUGCCCGUUCAUCAGUGAAUUUGUCAUUUGAUGCCAAAUGAUGCUUUCAGUUUAUUUUUUUUAUUAAAGUUUAAAUUCAGUCCACUCUAGUCCACUUUUGUGUUGCUCAAUUAGAUGCUCCGUUGGGUUAAACUGUCGACUGGUCUCAUUAGAGUUAAGACAGAAACGUGCCUUCUAGCUGAUAAUCUCAGGUAAUUUUACACGACUUUAAGGAAGUUCCCGCCAGACAUCCGUGAACUUGGUCUUGUUGUUUGUGCAUCUUUUAAAGCACAAAAUGUUUCAGAAUCUCUGCUAUUUUAUUGAAACAGUGAUGUGGUUCCGCACCAGAAUGUAGCUUUCUGUUCAGUUUAGUAAAUGCAUUAUUGAAUAUAUUGAUAGUAGACAUUGAAAGCAAAAAUUAUAAGGAAAAGUCCCCAAAUUUCCUUACAUAUAUAUUCUAAUUUAAAACAGGCAACAUAGAAAACCGUUAAAACCUUUUAUUUUACUUUUAUUAAAUCAGGAGUUAUUUUGUGGUUUAUUUUAAAACUUUUCUGUUCUUAGUUAUUUUAAAACACUCUCAUUUGUCUUUUUUAUUAUUAUAUUUGAAUGAUGCGUAAACUGGCUGAAUUUGUAAACCAUCAGCUAAUAGAAGAGUCAUUUGGCUUGAUUUAGCAAACAGAAAAGUCAAGAGGCUCAACUGCAGGCUAUCUUUAUGUAUGUAUUUAACUUCUAAGUAACUUAUAGUUUUUGUCACAUUGCUCUUUGGUUAAACACUACCAGGAAAGCUGAAAUCUCUGUUUAUAUUUAUAACCUUUACUGCUAUAUGAGCAUCAAGACCAAAGAGAAAUUUAUUUGAUGUCAAACGGUUUUUUAUUUGUCUGAAGAGGGUUGUAUCAUCUUCUUUAAGUUCUGAUAUCUUUUUAUUAAAUAUAUUUCUACGUCAUCAAA